AGGCCCCGCCCCCGGCGGCGCUCAGCGCCAUGGGCGAGGGGGAGCCCAGCAUGGCGCAGCAGCUGAUCAGCGGUGCCGGCUACGUGCCCGAGGACGGGCUCACGGCCCAGCAGCUCUUCGCCUGCGCCGAUGGCCUCACCUACAAUGACUUCCUCAUCCUCCCUGGCUACAUCGACUUCACGGCCGACGAGGUGGACCUGACAUCGGCGCUGACCAGAACCAUCACCCUGAAAACACCGCUGGUGUCAUCCCCCAUGGACACGGUCACCGAGGGGGACAUGGCCAUCGCCAUGGCCCUGAACGGCGGCAUCGGCAUCAUCCACCACAACUGCACCCCCGAGUUCCAGGCCAGCGAGGUGCGCAAGGUCAAGCGGUUCGAGCAGGGUUUCAUCCUGGAGCCGCUGGUGAUGAGCCCGGUGCACACCGUGGGGGACGUGUGGGACGCCAAGGCCCGGCUCGGCUUCUCGGGGGUCCCCGUCACCCACUCGGGGCGCCUGGGGGGGCGGCUCGAGGGCAUCGUCACCUCCCGCGACAUCGACUUCCUGCGCGAGGGGGACAGGGCCACCCCCCUGGCCCAGGUGAUGACCAAGCGCAGGGACCUGGUGGUGGCCCCAGCCGGUGUCACCCUCAAAGAGGCCAAUGAGAUCCUGCAGCGCAGCAAGAAAGGGAAGCUGCCGAUCGUCAACAGCCGUGACGAGCUGGUGGCGCUGAUGGCGCGCACGGACCUGAAGAAGAACCGCGAGCACCCGGCGGCCUCCAAGGACGGGCGGAAGCAGCUGCGGGUCGGGGCGGCCAUCGGCACCCGCGAGGACGACAAGUACCGGCUGGACCUGCUCGUGCAGGCGGGCGCGGACCUCGUGGUGCUGGACUCGUCGCAGGGGAACUCCCGGUACCAGCUGAGCAUGAUCCGAUACAUCAAGGCCAAGUACCCCGAGCUGCAGGUGGUGGGGGGCAACGUGGUGACAGUGGCCCAGGCCAAGAACCUGAUCGACGCCGGGGUGGACGCGCUGCGGGUGGGGAUGGGCAGCGGCUCCAUCUGCAUCACCCAGGAAGUGCUGGCGUGUGGCCGGGCCCAGGCCAUGUCCCUGAUGUCCCCGUCCUGUCCCCAUGCAGUGCUGGCGUGUGGCCGGGCCCAGGCCACGGCCCCACCCUGGGGCCCCCGCCACGCCGUGAAGGCGCUGGCACUGGGAGCCUCCACCGUGAUGAUGGGCUCGCUGCUGGCGGCCACCACGGAGGCGCCGGGCGAGUUCUUCUACUCGGAGGGCGUGCGGCUGAAGCAGUACCGCGGCAUGGGCUCGCUGGACGCCAUGGAGCAGGGCGCGGGCAGCCAGAAACGCUACUUCAGCGAGGGGGACGCGGUGAAGGUGGCGCAGGGCGUGUCGGGCUCGGUGCAGGACAAGGGCUCCAUCCACAAGUUCGUGCCGUACCUGCUGGCCGGGCUGCAGCACGGCUGCCAGGACCUGGGCGCCCGCAGCCUCUCGGCGCUCCGGUCCAUGAUGUUCGCGGGGGAGCUGAAGUUCGAGCGCAGGACGGUGGCGGCGCAAGUCGAGGGGGGCGUGCACGGGCUGCACUCCUUCACGGUUCUGCCCUUGCCCAGAGGAGGCUGCCCCGAGGAGGGGUCCCCCCGGGCCGGCGCCCCCCGCCCGGAGCCUGCGGGGACCCCCCCGGCCCCCCGACACCGGCGCUGCUGACAGGCACCCCAAUGGGGCACCCCAAUGGGGCACCCCCAAUGGGGCACCCCGCCAAUGGGGCACCUGCAAUGGGGCACCCUGCAAUAGGGCACCCUGCAGUGGGGCACCCCCCAAUGGGGCACCCCGCAAUGGG